CUUAUCGCUUAUCGUGCGUCGACCAUGGCCAAUCAACAGUUCGUCACGUCGGCCUUAGAGCAUGUAGUUUUUUCAUCAUGACAAAUUCAACAGUAUCCUCGUGCGCGUAACUAUGCCAAAAUCCAUAAAUCAUGUCUCUAUCGUUUUACAGUGAUAGCUCCUGUGUCAUCAACCGACAAGUUGAUGCACCUAAUGAUGAUAACCCAACGAGUAAUCCUAUCAACGACUUUGAACUUGGAAAGUGUGCCGAUUGGAUAAAAACCAACAAUUUCCAAAAGGUGUGCUUACAGUUUCCGGAUAGUCUGUUGCCUGAUUCUAUUAACAUUGCCCUUGCUCUUGAAAAACAUCUUGGAUAUAAAGUUUACAUUCUAGGUGAUUCUUCUUAUGCAAGUUGCUGUACAGAUGAAAUCACAGCUGCUCACAUCAGUGCGGAUGUCAUAAUUCACUUUGGACACACAUGUUUAAGUCCAGUCAUACGUCUCCCUGUGUAUUAUGUUUUGCCACGGUAUUCAUUGAACAUCGGAUUAUUUGUGGAAAAACUAUCCAGCUUCUGUGGCUCGUCCCCCAAAAAAAUAUUGUUACUCUAUGAUGUUGGAUACUACCAUUUACUGGGCUCACUCCAAGAAUCAAUUCAGUCACAUCCUAUUUUAUCUUCUGUGAUCAUAUCGAACCUAAGCAUCAGCAGUUCCUGUCAUUUACCCGGUGACUAUUCAGGACCAAAUGCUGAAAACUCGGUACAAAAAUUAGGAAGAACUUAUCCAGAUCCUGGUAGCUCCUAUGAAAUUGUAUACAUUUCCGGUGAAGAUUUGUCAAAUUUGGAAGCUUUUGCUGUGUCAAACCCUAGCAUACCAGUACAGAAGUAUACUGAAACAGAAGGAUUUACUCUAGUGAAUGUAAAUACUUUGAUCAGAAAGAAACUUUACUUGAUUGAAAAAAUUAAAGAUGCCUCUACUAUUGGAAUACUCAUAGCUACGUUAGGAGUCAAAGAUUACCUUAGUGCCAUUGAUCGGGUGAAACAGUUGUGUAAACAAGCAAGAAAAAAGUCCUACAUUAUUUCUGUGGGGAAACCAAAUGUUGCCAAACUUGCUAAUCUUCCAGAGAUAGAAUUGUUCGUCAUGGUGAGCUGUCCUGAGACUCGUCUCGCCAAUGCUAAAGAGUUCAUGCAACCUGUUGUAUCAGUGAUGGAUAUUGAAUUAGCGCUGAAUAAAAAUCGCACAUGGGAAGGGAAAACAACAAUGGAUUUCAGAGAUCUAUUGGAUGGUGGGAUUGACUAUCAACCAAUUGCAACACGUGAUACUACAAACACUGAUGAAGACGAUGCAGAUGUCUCUCUCAUCACCAACAAAGUUAGGAGCUCUGAAAUUGUUGACUCAAUUGAGAGUAAUGAUUCGCAGGCUGUGGCGUUGAAACAAAAUAUGACCUGUGUUGUAAGUGAGAAACUAACGCUGAGUAAUCGGUCAUGGCAAGGUCUGCAGCAAAAUUUAGGUUUGACGCCAGUUGUGCCUGUUGAAGAGGGUAGGUUAGGAACUCCUGCUUCAGGAUAUACCUCUUCUAAGUCUCAGGUUAAAAGCUGAUAAUUAAAAAAGAGAAAGUAAAGUAUGCAUUUUCUUUUCCAGUGUAAAAGGAGAACUGUUCUCAUGAAUGUCUCAUGUUCAAGGGAUACUUAUUUUUUGUAUUGGAUCAAUUUAGUAGGUGAGCUGUAUCGGAGCAAUCAAGCACCUUAGUUGUCUGUUAGUCAUGAUGUAACAUUAAGAUGAUUUUCAACUUUUUGGUGGUCAUCAUUUUUCUGUUUUCUUUUUACUGGCCGAAAAUGGAUAAAAAGUCAAAACGUUCCUAACGAAUCAAUGAUUUUAAAACAGCUAUUUCCCUCUCUUGCAACUUUCAUGUUUUACAUAAACCAAAAAGAAUCAUCGUACAACAAACACUAGCAUGUUGCUGAACAGGUUUUGAGAAUUAUGUUACCACCAUUUAUCCUUGUAAAUGGCAGUAUUCAAAACAAAUAGAUGAUAAAGUUUUUCCAAUGCUCUUUUAUAUUCAUAUGUACCAAGCAUCGAUUUUUGCUUGAUCACCGUUCUGGAGAUAUUAAGUCUUUGCUUUUUGCGUCACAAAGCACUCUUUAAGUGAGAGAAAGAAUUGUAAAGGUCUUUAAGUUUUUUGAUGGAUUCUGUCAAAAUUACUUUAAUAGUACGACAUUUUAGAAAAAGACAUACUUUUUUAGAAACAAAAUUGUAUGGGUCUCUAAGAUCUCUCUUUUUUUGGGUUGCUCAACCAACAGUCUUCAUAUCUUUCUUAAUUUUGAUUAAUAUUAUCAGGUUCACUGCCAGUAUGUUUCUAUACACUUGUUUCUGCCGCGCCAAAGAGGAAACAUGCAAAAAAAGUGUGAUGGUUGUAAAUAAUCGUUCUUAAAAUGGCCAUAAUUACAUACCUCUCUGCUGCAUUUAUGAGGCAACUUAACAGAUAUUGCUAUUAUUUUUGCCUGACGUGACGAUUAGCACAUGCUACACUAUGGCACAUGUCCAUUUUUUUGGACAAAAAAGAAGUAAAAAGAACAAGAAAAGAACCAUGGCUUAAUUUUAUGGCAAUGAAAUAAUCGUAUCAUACUUUAUCAGCAGCUUGAUUUUUUCUGCGAAUGUUUUCAAUGCGUCCCGAAUGUGAUCCUUUUUAUAAUGAAAAUAAAUUGAGCUACCCAGAACAUACUCAGUUCAGCACAGCCAGGCUGGAAUGGAGCUUUUAUAUGUGUCAGAUAUUUGCGAUUUCAGUACUUUUUCUUCGUAAAAUGACGCAUGAAACAUGAUGGCUCUCUCUGAUUUUACAUGUGUAUCGUUUCUGUGUCAAUGAGUUAUGUAAUAUAGCCAGUAUAUGCAUUAUGCAUGUAAGAUUGCAAAUAACACUCUGUUCUGAUUUUACCCAAAAUGAUAUCAAGGUUUCUCGCAUAAUCCAAACCAGGCUGACUAAUUGUAAGUCAUAUUUUUCAGUCCAAAAAUGUUACCUAAUCAAGGUUUGUCUUACAAAAGAGUUUUUCUUAUCAGUUUAAUAUAAUAUUUGCCCUGUUUUAUACUUACUAGUUGCACACUAUGUACUUCACUUCUCUCAGAGUUUGAUCAGUGAUCGAUAAAUUUUGAUUAAGUUUCCAGUGUAAAAAAUUAUGAUUCAUUUCAAAUAAAGUGAUUGCUAGUCUACAUCCUCUCA